AUGGUUUCCGCAGAAUUCACAGAAAAGGCUGACGCCGUCUCCAACUUAACUACCAGACCAAAUGACGACGAAUUAUUAAAGUUAUACGGUUUAUACAAGCAAGCUACUGUCGGUGACAACACCACUGAACAACCAGGUGUUUUCAACUUCAAGGCUAAGUACAAAUGGCAAGCUUGGAAGGAUUUAGAAGGUACUUCUCAAGAAGAAGCUGAGCAAAAGUACAUUGAGUACGCCACCGAAUUAAUCGCUAAAUAUAAUUAG